AUGAGCACUGCUUAAUAUAGUUUAGAUCCUCCUUUACAUACCUCUUUAUUUUAUAAUAUUGAAAUAAAUAACAAGUUUUAAGACUUCCUAUAUUUUGAACCUAUUCACAUAGUCUCUCAAAAAAAUAAAUAUUACAACAUUAAAAAAGAAAUAAAGUUAACCCCAACUAUCAACUAUGAUAACAAUUCAUCAAUGUAUUAUAAAAUAUAAGUAUAAAAAAUGAGAGUAAAAAAGGCUAGAUAAUCAAAAAGUAAUAAAUAUCAAAAAAUACCUGAUUUAUUAGAUUAUAAUUCUUGUUUAAGAAUAAUUUAACCUAAUUCGAUGAGUGUAAAAGUUACUCAAAGGAAAUAUUCAUAACCAAAAAGAUUACCUACAAAAUCUUUUUGUCAAUUCUCAAGUAGUAAUGAAUAAUAAUCAAAAGAGCAUACAAAAAUUAAUAUUAGAUUGCCUAAUAUAGAAAAGAAUUAACUACAUAGUCCAUCUAAAAACUCUUUAAAUUGUUGGACUAGAAAUACAUCUUCCAGUUUAUUAUAAAUAAUUUAAUGA